AUGGCCAACUCGGGCCUGCAGCUGCUCGGCUUCUCCAUGGCCCUGCUGGGCUGGGUGGGCCUGCUGGCCUGCACCGCCAUCCCGCAGUGGCAGAUGAGCUCCUUCGCGGGCGACAACAUCAUCACGUCGCAGGCCAUGUACAAGGGGCUGUGGAUGGAGUGUGCCAUCCAGAGCACGGGCGUGAUGAACUGCAAGAUCUACGACUCGGUGCUGGCCCUGCCCGCGGCCUUGCAGGCCACUCGGGCCCUCAUGGUGGUGUCCUUGGUGCUGGGCUUCCUGGCCAUGAUCGUGGCCACCAUGGGCAUGAAGUGUACAAACUGCGCAGGAGACGACAAAGUGAAGAAGGCCCGCAUUGCCAUGGUCGGGGGCAUCAUUUUCAUCGUGGCAGGUCUUGCUGCCUUGACAGCUUGCUCCUGGAGUGGCAACCAGAUCGUUAGGGACUUUUACAACCCAAUGGUCCCCAUGAACGUCAAGUUCGAGUUUGGCCCUGCCAUCUUCAUUGGCUGGGCAGGGUCUGCCCUGGUCCUCCUGGGCGGGGCCCUGCUUUCUUGCUCCUGCCCGGGGAGUGAGAGCAAAGCCGGGUACCGCGGACCACGCUCCUACCCCAAGCCCAACUCUGCCAAGGAAUACGUAUGA